AUGUUGUCAGUAAUAUCAUUUGAUUCAUCAUCAUCAACCAUCGGUUCAUUCAUCACAGGACAUUCAUUUUCACCCAAAUUUGAAAUACUGUCCGUGGUAACAGCUUUAAUUCAAGAGAUGGAGACGAACGUAACCAAAAAACAACGAAGAACCUGGUCAAAAGAAUGGUUGAAAAAUAGACAACAAUAUACUCACGAGAAGCUAUUAACUGAGUUGCGCAAUUUUGAAAGAAAUGAUUUCAAAAAUUUUUUAAGAAUGGAUGAUGAAUGUUUCGAUGAAAUUUUAUCUUUGGUGAAUCCAUUUAUUAAAAAACAAAAUACGUCAAUGCGAGAAGCUGUACCAGCAAGUCAAAGACUGUCUAUAACUCUACAUUAUUUGGCUACCGGAAACACAUUCGAAGACCUGAAAUUUAUCAGUGCGAUAUCUCCUCAAUCCAUUGGAAAAAUUGUGAUUGAAACUUGUGAAGCUUUAAUAUAUUGUCUUCGAAACUAUAUAAAGGUAAGCUACAUAUUCUGCCGCCUUAAAUUACAUACAUUUUUUUGCGUUAGAGAAUGCUUUUAUUCAUAA